CUCCUCCUCCUCCUCCUCCUCCUCCUGCUGCCCUCCCCCCCUCUGUCCCCGGCAGCCCCCGGCGAGCAGCUCCAGCUCCCCCAGCACUUUCGGGGCCCUGAGAUAUGGCAAUGGUAGUUAGCAGCUGGCGAGACCCGCAGGAAGACGUGGCCGGGGGCAACCCCGGCGGCCCCAACCCCGCCGCCCAGCCGGCCCGGGCCGAGCAGCAGGGGCAGCAGCAGCAGCAGCAGGGGCAGCAGGGGCAGCAGGGGCAGCAGCAGCAGGCGGGCUCGGCGGCCCCGCACACCCCGCAGACCCCCAGCCAGCCGGGACCCCCGUCCACCCCGGGCACGGCGGGGGACAAGGGCCAGCCCGGCUCGGGCCAGAGCCAGCAGCACAUCGAGUGCGUCGUCUGCGGGGACAAGUCCAGCGGCAAGCACUACGGCCAGUUCACCUGCGAGGGCUGCAAAAGUUUCUUCAAGAGGAGCGUCCGCAGGAACUUAACUUACACAUGCCGUGCCAACAGGAACUGUCCUAUAGACCAGCACCACCGCAACCAGUGCCAAUACUGUCGCCUCAAGAAGUGUCUCAAAGUGGGCAUGAGGCGGGAAGCGGUUCAGCGAGGAAGAAUGCCGCCGACCCAGCCCAACCCAGGCCAGUACGCCCUCACCAACGGGGACCCCCUGAACGGCCACUGCUACCUGUCGGGCUACAUCUCCCUGCUCUUGCGGGCCGAGCCUUACCCCACGUCCCGCUACGGCAGCCAGUGCAUGCAGCCCAACAACAUCAUGGGCAUCGAGAACAUCUGCGAGCUGGCCGCCCGCCUGCUCUUCAGCGCCGUCGAGUGGGCCCGCAACAUCCCCUUCUUCCCCGACCUGCAGAUCACCGACCAGGUGGCCCUGCUGCGGCUGACCUGGAGCGAGCUCUUCGUCCUCAACGCCGCCCAGUGCUCCAUGCCGCUGCACGUCGCCCCGCUGCUGGCCGCCGCCGGCCUGCACGCCUCGCCCAUGUCCGCCGACCGCGUCGUGGCUUUCAUGGACCACAUCCGCAUCUUCCAGGAGCAGGUGGAGAAGCUCAAGGCGCUGCACGUCGACUCGGCCGAGUACAGCUGCCUCAAGGCCAUCGUGCUCUUCACCUCAGACGCCUGCGGCCUGUCGGACGCGGCGCACAUCGAGAGCCUGCAGGAGAAGUCGCAGUGCGCGCUGGAGGAAUACGUGCGGAGCCAAUACCCCAACCAGCCCAGCCGCUUCGGAAAACUGCUCCUGCGGCUGCCCUCCCUGCGCACCGUCUCCUCCUCCGUCAUCGAGCAGCUCUUCUUCGUCCGCCUGGUAGGUAAAACCCCCAUCGAGACCCUCAUCAGGGACAUGCUGCUGUCCGGGAGCAGCUUCAACUGGCCCUACAUGUCCAUCCAGUGCUCCUAGAGCCGCCCGCCCGGCCCCUCCGGCCCCGAGCGAGCCCGGCGCAGCCCCGGGACGGUGGACGGUGGACGGUGGACGGUGGACGGAGGACUCGCUGCCGCCGUCGCCGAGCAGGACGACAGAGGACCUGGCAGGGGGGCGGAGGAGCACUGACCGUUUGGGGAGGAAGGACCGUGGGGUUUUGGCUGCCGGCCCCUCCCGGACGAUGCGGACAAUGCGGAUCCAGAGGCCUGUACAGAAUCUCCCCGAGGCCGCCGACUGACUCCGUGCACAACGCCUCCCCCCAACACACACACCCGCGACCCCCCGCCCCCGCCCCUCCACCCCCCGCCCCGCCAACAUGGUUCUUCAUUUUGUAAAAUAUUAGUCUUUAUUUUCAUUUUUUUGUAAAAUUUAAAACAUCGUAUGCGCAUAAAGGAAAAAAAAAGGAAACCAGAAUUAGCGGGGGAGGGGGAGGGGGAGAAAUAACAUUUUCCAAAUAAUUAUAAAAAGAAUUGUCCUGUGUCUAUGUAUCUAUAUCUGUUUUGUAUUUUUUUCUGGUUCCAAACCAGGUUUCCUGUGAUUCUAUACUAAUAAUUUUUGAUAUAACCCUUUGCUUAUAAUGAGUGCGAUAUAUGUUGUCGAAGCUGUUCUUCAAGAAUUAAAAUUGAAGUGAGAAUUUAAACGAAAAUAAAAGAAUUUAGCAAA